GUCUGUGCUGCCGGCUCCUCGGACCGCACCACGCAACUGCCGCCGUCACCGUCGCCGCCGCCUCCUGGAAUAGCUACAGUGCUGCUCGAUCCCUGCACAUGCGAACGGCCGGCCUGCUCCAUGGACACCGAACUGCAGAGCCCGGGCCUGGCCUACGCCGGCCUUAGCCGACACAUCGACUUCGACGCGCUGCCGGAGCCGGGCGACCGCUUCGUGCUGGAGACCCUGAUCGGCGAGGGCACUUACGGAGAGGUGCACGCUGCACGCGACCACCAGCAGAACGGCGACUAUGUGGCCGUCAAGAUCCUGGAGGACAUCACGGACAACAUCGAGGAGAUUGAGGAGGAGUUCCUGGUGCUGCGCGACCUCUGCCUGCACCCCAACAUCCCCCAGUUCUACGGCAUGUUCUUCAAGCCCGGCCGCAAGCGGGAGGACGACCAGCUCUGGUUCGUCAUGGAGCUCUGCAGCGGCGGCUCGGUGACGGACCUGAUCCAGACGCUGACCCGGGUGGGCCAGACGCUCACCGAGCUCCAGAUCGCCUACAUCAUCAAGGAGACGAUUGACGCCCUGCUGUACCUGCAUCAGAGCCACUGCAUGCACCGCGACGUCAAAGGUCACAACAUCCUGCUGACGAAAGAGGGCCGCAUCAAGGUGGUCGACUUCGGCGUCUCCUCCCACCUGGCGGCCACCCUGGGACGCCGCAACACCUCGGUCGGCACGCCCUACUGGAUGGCGCCGGAGGUGAUAGCAUGCGAGCAGCAGUACGACUAUAGCUAUGACGUCAGGUGUGACGUCUGGUCACUGGGCAUCACGGCCAUCGAGCUGGCCGACGGCGAACCGCCAUUGGCUGAUAUCCAUCCAAUGAGGGCGCUCUUCCAGAUUCCGAGAAAUCCUCCCCCAACGCUGAAGCGGCCGGCUGACUGGAGUCCGUCGUUCAAUGACUUCGUCAGCCAUUGUCUGGUCAAAGACUUCGAGAAGAGGCCGUUCAUGAGGCCGCUUCUGGAGCACCCCUUUCUGAAGAUGGUGCCAAAUAAUGUGGACUACGUGCGGGUGCAGCUCCGUGACUUGAUCCGUGACGUCAGCAAGAGCGGCGGCCGGCCGACGCGCCAGCCGGACGUCACCACCAAACAGGGCCGCCUCAAGACGGACCGCAAGGCCAAGCCGCAGCGCAUCUUCGUCGACGACCUGGCCUCGCUCGAGCGGCUGACCGAGGACGUGAUCGUGGAGCAGCUGCAGCAGCGCUACCGAGCCGGACAGAUCUACACCUACGUCGGCGACAUCCUCAUCGCCGUCAACCCCUUCACUAACAUCAACAUCUACGGCGAGAAGGUCGGCACCGGGCUGUCAGUCACUGGCUCGCACUUGUGA